UAUUUUAUUUAAUCUGAUCUUCAAACAUUCUAAAAUGUUGAACAUUCCUUCUUUUACUUCGACUCGCUCUAUGGUUCCAUGGGCAGGACACCGCCGUCAUUGGAUGGCUGACCCAUUAGAACAGAUGGACCGUUGGAUGCAAUCUAUUGACCGUUACUUUGAUGACCGCGUCGGAUUCCAGAUGCGUGACCAUGCUGCUCAAAUGAAGAUUGAGCCUAAUGGGGACUUCACCUAUAAGGUCGACGCUUCUGGCUUCCGUCCUGAGGAGUUGAAGGUUGAAGUUCAUGGGAACGAGGUUGUCAUCUCUGGGGACCAUCGCGAGGAGAAUCAAGGCGAAUCUGUUCACCGUCAGUUUGUUCGUCGCGUCUACAUUCCGGAAGGAGUUAAACAGGAGACUGUUAAGUGCGAGAUGGACAACGCUGGUCGCUUGUGUGUUACUGCUCAUCGUGACGGUGAAGGGAAGCGUAACAUCCCGAUUGACUUCAAGCCGGGCAACGCGACUGCAACGACUACUGGCGAGCAGCCGAAGACCAAAUGA